AGGCACGGAGGGAGCCGGGACGGGGACAGGGAUAGGCAGGGCGAGGCAAGCCAGCCCGGCACGGGUCGGCCUGGCUCGGACAGCAGCAGCAGUAGUACCAGCGGGAGCAUCGCGGCGGAUCUCCUCCCGCGGCGGAGGCGGAGGCAGAGACCAUGUCUUGCAGGAAGACAGGCGCUGUGCUGUAGCAGCAGCGUGCCCGCCGCCACAUAAACAAACCGGCCAGCAGCUGCCCCAUAUACCAAACAAACAAACAAAUAACCCGAGCCGCCAAGACGCUGGGGUCACAGUCCGUUUUCAGGCAAGGUUGACGAUGAUCCGUCAAACUCUCUGAAGAACCAGCAUGGAGGUUGGCAUGCUGAACUGUUAAUGGGGACAUGGGACUCAAGUUGUCAUUGAUCAUUUGUGUGGACUUAACUAGCAAAGAGCAACAGAAGACGCUAGCAAGACGGUGGGAAUUAUAGCAGUUUUUCAGGUCACCAAAUCUUGUUAUUUUAAUUUCUGUCUGGAAGAAUGUCUGAACAAGGUAAAUUGAACCAGGAGACAGCAGAGGAAGCUGUGAAAGAGCAGGAGUCUGCCCUCUCCGAAGCGACCCCAGACAACUGUAUCUUUAAUAAAUCUGAAAGCUCAGAAGUAGAGGAAAAGGAGGAAAAGCUGAGCGAUGCCAAGACAGAGCUGCAGAAACGAGGUGCAAACCAGAAAAAGAGAUCCAAGUCAGGAGCUAAAGGAAAACUUGUCCGGAGUCUUGCUGUGUGCGAAGAGACGUCCCCUCGCCCAGGAGCAGAAAGUCUUCAUGAUAAUCAGGAAUCAAUACAACUACAACUUUCAAGUUUUCCUAGUUUGCAAGAAGAAGACACUAGUAAAGAUGACACCGAGAAAGAAAAAGAAAAGGAUAAAAAUAAAGAUAAAAACAGUGAAAAAAACAAGACCAGAAUGUUAUCAAAAGAUUGCAGUCAAGAAUAUACAGACUCAACAGGCAUAGAUUUGCAUGAGUUUCUCAUUAAUACAUUAAAGAAUAACCCCAGGGACAGAAUGAUACUCUUGAAAAUGGAACAGGAAAUUAUUGACUUUAUUAGUGACAACAAUAAUCACUAUAAAAAGUUCCCUCAGAUGUCAUCAUAUCAGAGGAUGCUAGUACACAGAGUGGCAGCUUACUUUGGAAUGGAUCACAAUGUGGAUCAAACUGGAAAAUCUGUAAUCAUCAACAAGACCAGCAAUACCAGAAUACCAGAGCAAAGGUUUUCUGAACAUUUAAAAGAUGAAAAAGGUGAAGAAUCCCAGAAGCGAUUUAUCUUGAAGCGAGAUAACUCUAGUAUUGAUAAAGAAGACAAUCAGCAAAACAGAAUUCUUCCAUUUAGAGAUGACAGACGAAGUAAAUCAAUUGAAGAGAGAGAAGAGGAGUAUCAGAGAGUGAGGGAGAGAAUAUUUGCACAAGAUUCAGUUUGCUCCCAGGAAAACCUUUUUGUGGAAAACAGUAGGCUCUUGGAAGACAGUAGUAUAUGCAAUGAUACCCAUAAGAAAAGACAGCUGUUUAGGGGUAACAGAGAUAACUCGGGGAAGGCAUCUGGCAGUCGGCAGAGCAGUAUGGAGAAUGAAUUGAAGUGGACAGACCACCAGAGGCCAUGGAGCAGCACAGACUCAGACAGCUCAAAUCGAAAUUUGAAGCCAGCCAUAACAAAGACAGCAAGUUUUGGUGGCAUAACCAUCCUGACAAGAGGAGAUAGCUCAUCAAGUAACAAAAGUACCGGCAAACUGUCUAAAACAGGCUCAGAGUCUUCCAGCAGCGCUGGCUCCUCAGGAUCCCUGUCACGAAUACAUCAGCCUCUCCAAAGUGCACCUCUUGUCCCCGGGGUGACGGCCAGCUCUUCAGGCACCAUGUCCUACACUGAGAAUGGGAUGAGUGGCCAGGUGGCACCCAACAACACCAGCUAUAUCAUUCUUCCACUUGAAGCUGCAGGGAUACCGCCUGGCAGUAUCCUGCUCAACCCACACACAGGUCAACCAUUUGUAAAUCCUGAUGGGACGCCUGCAAUAUACAAUCCUCCCAGCAGCCAGCAGACAAUGAGGAGCCAGAUGGUGGGACAGUCUCAGCAGCAGCCUUCAUCCCAGCAGCCUCAGCAGGUUCAACAGCCACAGCAGCAAAUGGCAAGUCACCUUGUCACACAGCCUGUUCAGGCAAUGCAGCCAUCUUCUCAGUCAGUGCAAUAUCCAGCAGUUUCUUAUCCUCCCCAGCAUCUCCUGCCAAUCUCUCCAACGCAGCAGUUUUCUGUGCGAGAUGACAUGACAACACAGUUUAACCAGAUGAGCUUGAGUCGUCAAUCAUCAGGAGACAACCCUGAAUCGCCUUCUGGCCCUGUCUACCCGUCAACUAUCUUACAGCAGCCUGCCCAGCAGACGGGUUACAUUAUGGCUUCCCCAGCUCAACUUCCCCCAGGAGGCUUUACAGGUUCAGGUCCACCAGUGUCUCAGCAAGUGCUGCAGCCACCACCGCCGCCCCAAGGCUUUGUGCAACAGCCACCACCACCUGCUCAGAUGCCAGUGUAUUAUUACCCAUCUGGUCAGUACCCUACCUCAACAACUCAGCAGUACAGACCCAUUGCCUCAGUUCAGUACAAUGCACAGCGGAGUCAACAAAUCCCGCAGACUGCACAGCAAGCAGGUUACCAGCCUGUCCUGCCGAACCAGCAGCAAGGAUUCCAGGGUCUCGUGGGAAUGCAGCAGCCUCCCCAAAGCCAGAGCCUGAUGAAUAAUCAACAGGGAAAUCAGGUGCAAGGCAUGAUGGUGCAGUAUCCAGCCAUGUCAUCUUAUCAGGUGCCAAUGACCCAGGGUUCUCAAGGAUUGCCACAACAAUCAUAUCAACAACCAGUCAUGCUACCUAAUCAAUCAGGUCAAGGAACACUUACAGCCACUGGAAUGCCUGUUUACUGUAAUGUCAUACCUCCUGCCCCACAGAACAAUCUACGGUUGAUUGCCCCACACUGCCCCUCCAAUAACGUUCCAGUUAUUUCUGCCAGCUGCAGGACAAACUGUGCGAGCAUUAACAAUGCAGGGUGGCAGGUAAAGUACUGA